AUUAACAGGAAGAUAACCUGAGCGGAAUCAUUCUGAUACCAUGACAAAACCUCAAAAACUGUGACAAGGAGACAGAUACUUGGCUGAGCUGCUUCGACGGAAAGACGGAAAACGGCCGUUUGAUUUGACCUCCGGUUGUGUUUGCCCAUUGCAGAGCGAGCGGAACAGUUUUUUUCACCCUUUUUUUCUUUAGCUUGUUGAGUUAGCUUGUUUGCUAACUUAAAGCGCUGGUGGUCCGGGUGGAGAUUCUUCCACAGCUGAUCGGGGUUUUAAACCUUUUAACCUUUCAAUAUGGGAUCCAGAGCGUCCACGUUACUCCGAGAGGAGGAGAUCGAAGAGAUCAAGAAGGAGACUGGCUUCUCCCACAGUCAGAUCACCCGCCUGUACAGCCGCUUCACAAGCCUGGAUAAAGGGGAAAACGGCACCCUCAGUCGAGAAGAUUUCCAGAGGAUCCCAGAGCUGGCCAUCAAUCCUCUGGGAGACAGAAUCAUCAAUGCAUUUUUCCCUGAAGGCGAGGACCAGGUGAACUUCAGGGGCUUCAUGCGGACUUUGGCUCACUUCAGACCGAUCGAGGACAACGAGAAGAACAAGAACCCGACAGCCAGCGAGCCGCUCAACAGCAGGACAAACAAGCUGCUCUUUGCUUUUCGUCUUUAUGACCUGGACAGAGAUGACAAAAUCUCCCGGGACGAGCUGCUGCAGGUCUUACGGAUGAUGGUGGGCGUAAAUAUCUCGGAUGAACAGCUUGGCAGCAUUGCUGAUCGGACCAUUCAGGAAGCUGACACGAAUGGAGACAACUCCAUUUCCUUCAAUGAAUUUAUCAAGGUCCUGGAAAAAGUGGAUGUGGAGCAGAAAAUGAGCAUCCGAUUCCUACACUAAGCUUUUUUUUUUUUCCACCUGUUAUGUUUUUUUCCCUGGUCUCCCUCAUUCUGAGUUCGAACUUGAACAUGUCAGUCGAUGUCACACCACAGCCUCACUCAGCUUGUCAGCGAGCCGCCGCAGCCCACACUGCGGGUACAUGCGGUCAGACAGAACGUCAUAGAUGUUGAGUUUCUGCCUUUGCGCCGCUCUGUGUCUGUGAACAAAGGGAAAAGUUGCGUGCCUUGGAGUUCUUUUAUGCAAUGUCACUGUGUGUUGGUUUUUUUUUUUUUGUUUUGUUUUUUUCCCCUCAAGGGUAAAUUAUUUAUUAGAAACGUAGAUUGUUUCACCACUGGUUCACCUCUCACGCGAAACAUUAUUUUGAACACACGGUACUAUAAAGCUUUGGCUGUUAGUUUUCUCGCGCUGCUCCGUUAAUAUUCACCUUGUGCUGCGUCUUUGUAUCUUCAAAUAUGCAAUGUUGCUGCCGAUUGUGAGCUUUCACUUCAGAAAAGUCUGUUUUUAAAGGUAAUGGGGUCUUACGAGUUGCCAGCUUUGAUUUUUGUCCCUUUUCGGCCAAUAGAACUCGCUCUGCCGAUUUUAAUGUUUGACUCUCACGUGCCAUGGCGCCGGUUCCCCUUUGAAACUUCUUAUCUCAACUGUAAGCAGGAGUCCAAAGCCAUGUUUGUGUUGAGUUUCCACAUGGAUUAAGUGUGCUACUGCCAACUCGACUGAAAUUUCAUGCUUCAAACGUGAGACGUGCCCAUAGGAGGUUUGACCUUUAACAGUGUGUUAGCGCCUGGAGCCACUGCUGCUUGUGACAUUCACUUAAAAACGUUGAAAGAAAGGAGGACUUCAAAUAGAAAAUGCCCUUCAGCAUGUGAGUCUUCCUGAGCGUUGACUCUGACGUGUAGAAACGGAGUAGUUGGAAAUGUAUGUUUUCAGGAUUUUUUUUUUUCUUUUUUCUCUCCGAGAGACUUUUAAAAAAAAAAACAUAACUUAUUAGCGUCUGGAAAUCAGGCUCAGGACUAAUUAGUUUGUAAACGCUUAUAUUUAUUGAUUUAGUCUCCUGACGGUUAAGGUAAGAAAUGCGAUGAAUGCAUUUCCUUACUCUUGUCUCAUUCUAUUCCUGACUGCUUCGCCUCAUAUGCUGAAGAAAAUCAAAUACUUGUGGUCUAGGUUUUCUGUGCAGGUCAGUGAACAUGAAUUGGAGACUGUUUUAAUCUGUAAUGUGACUCCACUCUUCCAGCAGUAAAGUUCAGGACAUGCAGCUCAUUCAAUUUAUUAGUCAUGUGAUUAUCAGUCCUGUAUGAUUCACAUUAUGUGCUGUUGAUAAAGGUCUUACUGAAGUAAUUAAUGAAUCCAAUCUGAAUAAAGUAAGUGCCAUGA